UUACCACAAGGAUUUCCAGGUGCUGAGCCCCGGCAUGGGACGUACCAGGAUCUACCUUCUGCUCCUGCUGGGCACGUGCACCCUUGCCCAGCAAGAUGCGGGAAGUGUGGCUGAACAAUCUCCGACAUGCUUUUUGGCUAAAAGGUUCAGGAACUUCAAGCGCUUCGUGUACAACUACGAGGCCGAGACCGUCAACGGCGUUCCCGGAGCUACCGACAACAAGAGUGGCCCCAAAGUCUCCUGUCAAGUUGAGCUUGAAGUACCCCAGAGCUGCAGCUUCGUCCUUCGCACCACGCAAUGCUCUCUGAGUGAGAUCUUUGACGUGGAUGAUGACGGCAAGGCGUUGUAUCGCCCCGCUGCCGGAGCUCAGGCUUUCAAAGCCGCCAUGGCCAAGAACCCACUGAAGGUCACCGUUGAGCGCCACACUGACGUCAAACUCUUCCCUGAGGAGGAUGAGCCAGUCAACAUCUUGAACAUCAAGAGAGGAAUCGUGUCGUCCCUCCUCGUUCCCGUCAUGGAAGAAGAGAGGAACAACAAAAUGCCCACCGUGUACGGUGUCUGCGCCACCGACUUCACAGUCAACGCCAGAGAAGACAUCGCUACCGACGUUACCAUCAGCAGGGAUCUUUCCGGAUGUGACAGCUUCAGCGCUCACAAGCAGGCCACCAGUCCCAUAGCUCUCAUCUCGGGAAUGCACUAUCCUUUGUCCAAGCUGAUUAGCAGCCACCAGACUUGCAACUACAAGUUUGACAACCAGAAGAAGCACAUGACCAGCGGGACCUGCACGGAGAAGCAUCUAUUCCUGCACCUCUCCCAAAAGAACGAGUACGGAAUUUCCGCACUGGUGAAGCAGACUGUGACUCUGAAGGAGACCGGCAAGAUUAAUGACAGAGUCUUUGAUCAUAAUGAGGCCCUCCUGCGUUUCUUGCCAAUGGAGGUUGUUGAUGACAAGUCACCUGUGCAAAGUAAAGAUGCUGCAAUUAGCACAAUGCAACAGCUGAAGACCCUGUCCCAGACCAGCAACGGGGACCAACGCGCCUCCCUCUUCCACAAACUGGUGUCUGAGCUGCGUGGCCUGAAGGCUGACGCCCUGCAGUCUGUUGCACUUGAGAUGAUGGAUGUGUCCGAUUCCCUGACCGUGCAAGCCCUGGUUCAGUGCGGUACUCCGGAGUGCACCAGCGCCAUGCUGAGAGUUCUCGGGACCUUCGAGAAGUCUGCUGUUGAAGUAGAAGCAGCGGUUUACGCACUGGGACUGCUGCCUAACCCUUCACGCCUAAUGGUCAAGGAUAUUCUGGACAUGGCUCAGAACAGGAAGAGCAAGCCCAUCAUGUUUGCCUUGAGUAAUGUGGUCAGGAAGCUGUACCAAGCUGAGGGAAAAGUCACUCCAGAGAUUACUGCUGUUUCCAACUUCCUGGCUUCCCUUCUGGGUCCGGAUUGUUCUGGGGAGAAAGAUCUGACCUUCCUGACUUUGAGGGUUGUUGGUAACAUUGGAGAUGUGAUGGAAGAUGCUGACCCCGCUAUUAAGAGCACCCUGCUCAAAUGCAUGAGACAACCUGCAACCACACUCUCCGUUCAGCUUGCUGCCAUCCAAGCUUUCAGGCGAAUGUCUGUAACAGAUGAGGUUCGCUCAAACCUCCAGCGGGUCAGCCAGUAUCCAAAAGGUGCUGUGCAGAAGCGCCUUGCGGCCUACCUGAUUCUGAUGAGAAACCCUCUCAGCAGUGACAUUGACAUGGUGAAGAAGAUCUUGAAACAGGAGCAGAAUGAGCAAGUCAAAUCUUUUGUGACCUCCCACGUCUACAACAUCAUCUCCUCCACUGAUCCUGAGACCCAAAAACUUGGAAGGAAGAUAAUGGACGCUUUGCAGGACAUUGAUGUGGCCACACACAAUGACUACACAACAAAGUCUCGCAACUACAAAUUGGGUUUGGCACAUGAAAGCAUGCAGGCCGACAUUCAGGGCAACGUUAUCUUUGACCCUAGCAACCAGCUGCCCAGAGAAGUCAUGUUAGAAUCGACCCUGAAACUUUUUGGCUACAAUAUGGACAUGUGGGAGCUUGGAAUCGAAGGAAAAGGCUCGGAACCCUACAUUGAGGCUUUGUUUGGAAAGAAUGGCUUCUUUCCAGACUCUUUGUCCAAGACUUUGUACUGGGCGGAGAACAAGAUGCCAGUCAAGAUGAUGGAAGUCCUGGAGAAGUGGCUUACUCCCUUGAAAUCAGGAGACCAGAAGGUGCCUGAACAUCUUAUGAGAGAAAUUACUCGCAAUUUCAACAAGCUCAUGAAGGAUUUGCACGAUCAAGAAUCUCCAGAGGCCAUGGCCUACCUUAAGAUUAUGGGAACAGAGCUUGGUUUCAUCAAGGCCAGCGAUUUGAAGUUUCUUGCUGAUAACGCUAAAAUGUAUGCAGAGAUUUUCUUGAAGAUCCUCCCUACCAAGGUGGUGUCCAAACUGAUGUCCGGCACAGACAAUGAGAUCUUUAUCCAUUACAUGUUCAUGGAUAACAAAUUCGUCCUUCCAACAGCCUCUGGCUUGCCUCUCACAUUUUCACUGUCAGGUACCUUUACUCCCGGAGCUAAGGGCGGACUUCGUAUUUCCCGAAACAUGAAUGAAGUGUCGUUCAUGCCGUCUGUCGGCGUCGAGUUCGUGACCCAAAUGGGCGUCCACGUGCCCGAAUUUGUCGUCUCGACUGUCGAGAUGCACACCAGCUUAUACCACGAGAGUGCACUCAAUGCUAAGCUCACCAUGGAGUCAAACCAGGUCAAACUUUCUAUUCCAGCUGCACAAGCCCCUGCAAAGUUUUUGAGAAUCAGCAAUAGAGUGAUGAUUGUUGGCAAUGGCAAGGCUCGUCUGAUCCCGCACAAUCGGUUCGUUGUAAACUGCGACUCCCUCUAUGGAAUCAAGUACUGCACAAAAAAACUUCAAGCUGAAGUGCAGAGUCAAACCAAUGUUUACGUCCCUCUGGCUGGAGAGACAAUGUUUGGAAUCGACAUUGAGCCUCAGGUCUCAUACACGGCUACUGUUGCAUACGCACUCCUCAGUGAAGGAACUGAUGGCCGCCAGAAGGUGGAUUCCCUGAAGAUUAGUCUGGAAACUGAAGGGGCUCAGGCUGCAGAAGCUUCCGCCAUCAUGAAAUACAACAGGAACAGGAAUGUCUUCACCAGCCAAAUCCAGAUACCCAAUAUGGAUGUCGAAGCUGGGAUCAAGGUUGGCCUGACUGAUACCAGCACCAAAGGCAAAGCCCUCACUAUUGAGCUUUCCAACAAAAACGUCCCACAGCUCACGCUGACUGGUCGUGCCCAGCUUCAGGACAUGAACAACGGCAUGCUACAGGUUCAAUUGGAGGUCCCCUCUCUGAAGACAGAUGCUAUCAUUUCUGCCACCAUGAGUAAAGCCAAAGAAUUAACAUUCGAGAUCAAAAGUGACGUGAAGCUCCCAGAGACAUUCUCGAUUCAGUCAGUCACAUUCAAAUAUGGCGAGGAUCAGGCAGAGCUCAAGCUGAUGUCAAACAUGAACGCUGAGACCAAAGUCCUGGUACCUUAUACUGAAGCUCUCGGGGCCUGGGUCAGGCAGUUUGUUGAAAAUGCCAUGGAUCGUCGGGUUGUUAACACUGACAUGAAACUGCGUCACAUUGUCAACAAAGCAUUUGAGGCCUCCAACAUCUGGUUGAACAAGAUCUCCGCUGAUGUACCCUAUGUGGAGACUCUGAGGAACAACAUUGCAAAUGUGGAAAUGCCCACCAUGCCUGAGAACCUGUUUAUGAACAUGGAAAGCAAAUUCCGCUACCAGUUCAACAAGAACUAUCUGACCAUCAGUAUCCCUCUGCCACUUGGAGGGAAAUCCUCUCAGGAAUUGUUCGUCUUCCCUAAAAUAAUCACCAUCCCACUGCUGGGUGUGGAGCUUGCGCCACAGGAGAUAGAAAUUCCCAAAUUUACCAUCCCCGCCGAGCAAGAGAUCACCCUGCCCCUUAUUGGAAUGGUGGAAGUCUCCGCUAAGGUGAACAGCAACUAUUACAACUGGGAGACAAUUGUGUCGGCAGGCAACAAUACCGUGGACUCUCCAAACUAUUUGGCCAAAUUCAAGGUUCAGGCGACCAGUCCAAUCAAACUUCUGUCUUUCACGGCUGAAGGAGCUACACAAUUUACUGAUACAGCCGAGAAAACACUGAAAUUCACCCUGAAUGGCUCCCUGGAGCACGAGUUUGUGAGUACAAGGGUUAACAUGGAGGAAACGAUUGCUGUCUCAGACAAUGUAAUGUCAUCAGGAAAAUACAACAUCCACGCUGCUGCACCCUUGGGCUUGCGGACCUCUCUGGAUAUUACCAAACACUUCACUCUUGAUUCAGCCAAGCUAUUGGGAGACAUCAAUGCCAAUGGAAGUGUCACUGUUGGUUCUUUAACUGCUAGUACCACUUAUCUCAACACCUUCUCGGCUGACCGUGCAAAGAAAGAAGCCAGAUUGGAGAGCACACUGAGCGCAAACUCUGAAAUUCUGAAGGUUACAAAUAAGAUCACGUCUGUGUAUGCAAAUGAGAAUCUUAUGAUGGAGUCGAAGACUGACAUCAAGAGUGAUCCCAUCAAGCACUCAACAAAAAUUAACCUUAACUACAAGGAUGUCAAGCUUAGCGUUCUUUCCAACUCUGUGACGAAAACUGGUCAGAGAAAGCUUCAGAGCCAAGUUGAGUUCUCGGCUUCUGCAGAUCAAGCCAGCCUCCGUGUAGAAAAUACAGCGGAAGAUACAGUGAACCGUGCCUACUCUUUGCUAACUGGUUCCAUUAAUCCUUCAGGCUUGGAGCUCAAUGCUGACGCCUCUGUUAACAUCUUUUCGAGCGUUGCCUCUCACAAGGCAACCUUGGCCUUGAAUUCCAAAGGCCUGACCACCAGCUGUACCACAACUGCUCAGCACAACCCAAUGACCUUUGAGAAUAUUUUCCACAGUGGACUUGAUGCUAACGGUGCCACCAUGUCUCUCACCACAAAGGGAGGCACCAAAGAGAACAAAGUUUACUUUAAUGUUGAAGGAAAGCUUGCAAGCUCUGAAGUCUACCUCAAUGGCGUUUUCAACGGUGACAUCCUACCAAUCAACACGAGAAACACAAUGAACUUCAGAAUAAGUGAGGAUGGUCUGAUCUUAUCCAACAACAUAGUUGGAGCUAUCAAUGAAAUGCGGACCGAAAAUUCAAAUUCCCUUUCUUUUACACCAAGAUCGUUGACUCUCCACAGCAAGACUGACAACGUCCUUGACACGAGGAACUCGUACAUGCAUGACAUCACAUUUACCGUGGAGCGUUUUACAGCCUCAGCCAUGAUAAAAAAUAAUCUGAAGAUCAUGGAGGUGAACUUCAAUAAUGUUGCCCAGUUCAAGGCACAACCUUACAACAUGGAGCUGACAGGAACACUGAAGGGAGACUUGUCGGAAGAUGAACUCAAGCACACUUAUGAAGUGAAGUUCAUGAACAUGAUCCUGUCUACAAAGUGCAACACUAACGGAAACCUCCUAGGAUCUCAGAUAACACAUGCCACCGACUUGGAGAUUGCUGGUCUAACUGUGAAAUUCAACAACGUUGCUGAUUACAAAUCUCAGUCACUUCGUUUUGACAGUAAGGUCAACGCUGUUGCUGAACCCUUCUUUCUUACCGUUGACGCCUUGUUAAACUCAAAUGGUGGAGUAUCUUUGUAUGGACACCAGAGUGGGGAACUGUAUAGUAAAUUCCUCCUGAAAGCAGAGCCCCUCCUAUUCACACAUUCGUUUGAAUACAGAGCUUCAACCACUCAUGAGAUUGAAGGCAGACCUACAAUCAAGACCACUGUGGACAACAAGCUCAGCAGCACCGUGAGUCUUCAAGAACAAAACGUCCACCUGAGAGUUAAAUCCAAGGUAAACGACCACACUUUCGAUCAACAAUUGGAGGCCUACAACAAUGCAGAGAGAAUGGCUAUUGACAUGAGGGGAGCAGUCACCACAAACCUCUUCAGUGAAACCAUCCAAGACUACAGUGUGUCCGGAUUUGUCAAGUAUGACAAGAACACUGAUAGCCAUUUUAUCCAGAUCCCUUUCACCGAGCACAUUCCCGCAAUCAUUGAAGUUGUAACGAAGACAGUCACGAGCUUGACCGACAAUGCCGUUGUAUUGCUGAAAGACAUCAACGCUGAGUAUGAGAUCUGUACCACGAUUCAGAACAAAGUGUCUGAACUGAAGGAGGUCAUUGACAACUUUGACUUAAACCUCAUUGCCCAAAAUGUGAGAAAAUAUGUCAGCUACAUUGAGAAUGUCUUGACCAACCUGACCGCCAAGUUGCCAAAAGAAAAAGUCCUCACUGUGCUGAAAUCAGUCAAGGACGCUAUCAUGGCUUGGAUAAAGAAACAUCGUAUCUCUGAGAGAUUCAAUAAAAUCUACGAGAAAAUGGAGGAAAUCCUGUCCGAAUAUGAGGUUGACAAGAUGGUCGGGGCAGUGAUGGAUGAGGUCGUCAAAAUUAUGAAGCAGUAUCAAGUGAGGGAAAAGAUCAACUCUGUAUUUGCCCUUCUUAGGUCAAUUGACAUCCAGCCAUUGUUUGAAAAGGUUACAGUACCUAUUCAGGAGCUUGUAAAUGAUCUAUACAAUUUUGACUUCAAACAGCUCAUCAAUGACAUGAGGGAUUAUGUGAUGAGAACGGUACAGGAAAUACAAUCCUUUGAUUAUAACAAAUUAACACUGCAGGUGAAAGAAAAAGUAAGAGAUAUGAGCAAGAUUCCCUGUUUUGGAAAGCUCUACGGAGAGUUUAAAAUCAACUCGCCUCAUUACAACCUCACGACGACUGCGGAUCUGGAAAACACCACGGCUACAUCGGUCACACCAGAGUUCAAAGUGAACUUCAAUUCUCGGGCCACGUCGACUUUGAGGGUCCUCCAGUUUUCGAUAGAUGCCGAUGCCCAUUUCGCUCUACCCAAAAUGAGCCGUUUGACGAUUUCUGAGUAUAUUAAGAUUGACCAGUCAUCUUUUAAGGUCGGCCACAAGGGAACUAUGACUAUCUAUGGCCUGUCAGGUCAAGGUUCUGCGGAAACUACUGCAAAGAUAGCCACCGAAUUUUACUCUUCAGAUCUCAUCAACAAUGUGUUCGUUGCGAUGGAAGACGGGCUCUCCGCAAGUGUAAAUACGAACUACAAUCAUGACUUCAACGUGCCACCCCUCAACAUAUUCACUCACGUGUCAUCAACUCAAAAGACCAAUCUUUCACUGGAAGCGGGCUCUGCGCAUCUGAAGAUGAACACCAUGGCGAAUGCAAAAUAUGUAAUUCAGGAGUUCUCAGACGAGGCAACUCACAGCAGUAACGUGGACUUAGUCAUGGAUCUGCACACGGCCAAAGUGACUUUCAUUGGUGCAACAGGCUCCAAAGGCUUUAAAAGCAAUCAGAAUGUGGUCGCGGAUAUCUGCAUUUUCCGCCAUGCGAUUGUAGACGCCAAGGUUGAAACAGAAACACCUGUGAUGAAGGGGAGCGUUUUAGACAUCAAGUUCCAGGCUAAGGUUGAAGACAUGAAAAUUGAUCUCACUGCCUCUCAUAAUGCGCAACUAAUUGAGGGAACUCUUUCAAGCUCCGCCCUUGCCUUGAUCACACCAACUGAGCUCAUGUUUGACAGCAAGAAUAGGGCAAAUUCCAAGAUUUUCCUUCCGUUCCAGCUGCCCGAAAAGCUGGAGUUCGUUAAUGACAUCUCUCUUACACUGAACGCUGAAGUGCAGCAGGCCAGCUGGACUGGAAUGGCCAAAGUCAACCAAUACAAAUAUUUCCAUGACUUCAAAAUGGAUAAUGGUGAAAGGGAAAUUAAUAUCAUCGCUCAGAUCCAGGGAGAGGCAAGUCUUGAUAUCUUGAGGAUACCGAUCACUAUUCCUGAAAUAACAGUGCCAUAUUAUGGAAUGAAGACACCAAAAGUGAAGGAUUUCUCACUGUGGGAGGACGCUGGUCUGAGUUAUCUCCUCAGUACGACACAACAGAGCUUUGACAUGAACUCCAAGAUUAAAUACAUAAAGAACCCAGAGAUGUUCACCAUAAGCUUGUAUGCAGAUCCCAUUGUCAACGUCAUCAACACCAACAUCAAAAAUCUACACAAGAAAGUGCUCAUGGGCAAAGAUAAGACUGCUGAUAUUCUGUCGUCCACCUAUGCCAAAGCACAAGCAAAAUAUGAAAAAUAUAAUAUUGGAUUGCCUAAAACACUCACAAUUCCUGCUUACAAAGUACCGUUGAUCAAUGCUGAGACGUCAUCAUUCACAAUUCCCCUCCCAGACACCAGUCUUGUCACAAUGCCAGCUUUGCGUGUCCCAUCAGCUAUCAGCAAAUUUACUCUUCCCAAAAUCACUCUGCCCAAAAUCCAGAGCAUAAAGAUUCCGCUGAUGGGUGAUCUGACCUUCGAGUUCUCCAUGAAGGCACCGCUGAUCAGUCUGAAAAGCAACGCCAGUGUUCUCAACAAGGACAGCUUCGUCAUCAAACUUGACGCAUCCUCAUCAUCGGAAUUUGAGUUUCUGACGGGAAAAAUUCAGGGCAACACCAACGUCAACGUGUUGGAUGGAUUCAAGAUGGCUUCUGUCCUGGCUGUAAAACAUACAGCAUUGGAAGGAAACCACGGCAGCACCAUCGUCUUAAAUCGUAAAAAUGUCGACGCCUCCGUCAGCAAUUCAGUCAAAGUCCAUCUGCCUUAUGAGACCGUGGAAGUCCGCCAGGAGUUUACUAGAAACAGCCUCCUCUUCUCUCUUGCCACCCCAUCUGCUGGUCAUGUUGCAAUUCAAAUGCAGACCAAGAUCCCACCACAGUUGACAGCGAGACUCUACGGACGCUAUCCUACUGACCCACAAACGGAUAUUGAUAUCUUGGCCCUGAAGAUGUCUGUGAUGAACUCUGAGAAGCUGAACAUUCAGACUUCCUGGAACAUGGAGAUGCCAUAUGAGAUGAUGCUGGGACUGAAGAAGAAUGUUCCUGUGAUGGUCAAAACGGUCACUACUCCUACUAUCAUGACUUAUGAUAAAAUUAGCAGAUAUGCACGGAGCCUUGAGGGUUCUUUCAAGCAGGCUAGGCACCAGGGUACAGUGAUGCUGAAUAGGGCUGUUGACAAGUUUGUAACCGUUAAGCCCUCCGACCUGCUGACCUCCGUCAAAGAUCAGACAAAUAUUGUCGUUAGACAAUACAAACAAAAAAUUGAGACUUUUUUCGAGGCUGCAGUUAAAUUCCUCAGAGAGACCAAGUUUCUAAUCCCAGGUUAUGCACAAAGGCUAUCAGGUCUUGAGGUCUAUCAGAAAUGUGGUGCCUUUAUUGCUGAAGUGUACGAGGAGGUGAUUCAGAGUAUCCCAAAGUUUUUCAAAGCAGCCGUUGAGUCCUUUGAAGCCAUUGAAUUUAAAAUUCCCGGUUCUAGCCUUGUUGUCAGCGGAAGAGACUUUCUGAAUGACUUUUAUAGAGCUUUGAGGAUAGUCCAGGACCAGGUGAGUGCCACACUGAGACAUGUGGGAGGCAAUACUAUCAAAGAUAUCCACAGGGAUCUUUCUACAUUCCAUAAGAGGCUCCUCCAAUUUUUAAGAUCACAAGAUAUUGCGAAGCUGCCCACCCUUGUCGCCGACAUGUACCAGGAAGCCAUUGACUCGCGCGUCUUAACCAGAGUUGUUAAUCAGCUUGACAAGGUCCACCCCAUAAUUAGCGAAUACCUUACAGGAAUAACGACGAAGCUCCAGAACAUUCUGGACUACAUCUCCAGUGAGCAACUCCAAUCAGACAUUCAACACGCAAUUAACUUGAUGCUGAAACGCGUGAAUGCUUUCCAAAACCAUAUCAUUCGAAUCCUAAAGGAAAAAAGUCAAAGCGUUGAACCGUUCGUAAGAGUUGGCGACAGACAGAUGGAGGUGGAUAUUCCGUUUCCCUUUCUUCACCAGUUCAACGGAGCGGCAGUCCCCGAAGAGGCCUCGCAAGCCUUCAGGUCAGACCAGGACGCAGAGUCUGUGCGGCCGAUGCCGCUUCUGUUUCUGCAAGGCCGCCCUCGCAGCCGUCUCGAACACCUCCCAGAUGCCCUCCUUGGUCUUGGCCGAGCACUCCAAGUAGUCGUGGGCGCCGAUCCGCGCGGCCAUGGCGCGGCCGUCGUCGGGCCUGACUGGCUCCAGCUUGAGCCGGCCCAGCUCGUUCUUGACGUUCUCGUCGUUGCGGAGAUCCUUCUUGUUGGCCACCAGGAUGAUGGGCACGUUGGGGCAGAAGUGUUUGACCUCGGGCACCCACUUCUCCGGGAUGUUUUCCAGCGAGUCCGGGCUAUCCACGGAGAAGCACAUCAAAAUGACGUCCGUGUCCGGGUAGGAGAGCGGGCGGAGCCGGUCGUAGUCCUCCUGUCCCGCGGUGUCCCACAGGGCCAGCUGGACCUGCUUGGUGUCCACCUCGAUAUCCGCCACGUAGGUUUCGAACACCGUCGGGUGGUACGUCUCCGGGAACUCGUCUUUGCUGAACACGAUCAAGAGGCACGUUUUCCCGCACGCCCCGUCGCCCACCACCACGAGCUUCUUGCGGAUCUCUGCCGCCAUUUGCGAGUCCUUCCCCAUGGUCGGGUCCGCGCAAAACCGAAAGAGGCGCAAGUGGGAAAACAAGACUUUUGGGUCUCUGCAGCAAGACUUUUUUUUUUUUUUUUUUUACCGUGUGCGCGACAAACUCAGCGAGAUCUCUUUAUAAAGCAAAAUGAAUCGCAGUUGGGAGGGGACGACGCCGUGCGCACGAUGUUGCAGUUCACCAUACCCACGUACAGGGGGCAGCAGCACCGGCGAACGAUUAGCCGAGGCUAUCAAAGCCUUGCAAAAAAAAAAAAAAAAAAAAUAGCGCUCUCUCUCCAAGGUAACAAAACAAUUUCGAAUCUGGUUUACGGCGUGCCUCAAGCCCGGAGCCUCUUUGGAUACGACAACGCGCUUACCCGUGGCAUGAGCAUUCCAUGCAGCAUCCUAGGUAUGAAUGACGUGACCUGGCAGGAGACGAGAGGUGGGAUGCUGCAUGCAAAUGGUGGUCCUGAGGCCGGGGGUGUCAGAGUCCACAGCGGCGGGCCCUUGGCCGCAGCGGCUGGCCAGGCUUCGGGAGGCCCCCAUUUGCAGGGCAUGGACAGGGCAGGCAACCCCACGCCGGGAAUGCCGCAGCCUCCGUUGAGCGGUCGCUCGCAGGACGACGCCACGGUCAGCUACUUCUUCCAGAGGCAGCCCGGGGAGCAACUUGGAGGUUGCGCGCCGAACAAGCAUCGCUGGCCCACUGGAGACCCCAACCAUGUUGAUCAGGUCCGUGCUGUGGAUGAAAUGAACUACGACUUUCAAGCGCUUGCUUUGGAGUCAAGAGGGAUGGGAGAGCUGUUGCCGGCAAAAAAGCUCUGGGAUUCAGAUGAACUGGCAAAGGACGGAAGAAAAGGAAUGCUUCUUGGAGAGGAGUGGAGGGACAAUGCAUGGGGGGCAUCACACCAUUCAGUCUCCCAGCCAAUUAUGGUCCAGCGUCGGCCAGGUCAGGGUUUCCACGGGAACGGUGAUGCGAAUUCGGUGCUGUCUCCUCGUUCAGAGGGCGGAGGUUUAGGCGUGAGCAUGGUGGAGUAUGUCCUGAGCUCGUCUCCCGGUGACAAGAUGGAUGCCCGUUACAGGAACGGUGGUUAUGGUGGAGGCGAUACGGAUCAGGAUGGACGAGAGAAGAACGAUGGCCCAGAAAAAGUGUCUCCUUUUGAGGAAGAUAAGAACCCAGAUAUGAAGGUGGGGGACGACAGUGAUCCUGCGAAGGCCAAUGGAAGAAGUUUACUAAAUGGCAUGGACAGAGACUGCAAAGACUUCAAUCCAACUCCGGGGAGCCGGCAAGCUUCUCCCACUGAAGCUGUGGAGAGGAUGGGCCCUAACCAGACAGGAUUGGAGAUGAUGAGCCAGCACCAUGUUCACGCCCAUGCCCACGCUCAUGCCCAUGCCCACGCUCACGCCCACGCUCUACAACAACAGAACCACAGCAAGGGCCCGGUGGAAGACUUUCAGAACCAGGAAGCCCAGAACAUGGGUGGCAUGGAGCAACAAGCCGGUGUGGAAUCCCUCCAGUUUGAAUAUGCAAGCAACCAGAUUCAGGUGGACUCCUCCGGAACCCCAGUUGGAUUGUUUGACUACAGCUCUCAGCAGCAGUUAUUCCAGAGGUCAAAUCCCCUGACUGUUCAGCAACUCACAGCAGCCCAGCAGCAACAGUAUGCCCUUGCAGCAGCUCAGCAGCAACACCUCGCUGGCCUCGCUCCUGCAUUUGUGCCAAACCCUUACAUCAUCAAUGCUGCGCCCCCUGGAGCUGAUCCAUACACUGCAGCAGGGUUGGCAGCAGCAGCUACUCUUGCUGGCCCCACAGUGGUUCCACCACAAUACUACGGUGUUCCUUGGGGGGUGUACCCAGCCAAUCUUUUCCAACAACAAGCCGCAUCUACUGCCAAUCACUCUGCUAAUCAGCAAGCAUCCAAUCAGGGACCAGGGCCAGGCCAACCUCAGGUAAUGCGCACAGGAAACAACCAGCGUCCUCUUACGCCUGGGCAAGGUCAACAAAGUCAGCAGGAAUCCCUGGCUGCAGCAGCAGCUGCUGCAAACCCCGCACUGGCAUACACAGGAAUGCCCGGUUAUCAGGUGCUGGCCCCUGCAGCUUACUACGACCAGACCGGGGCCCUAGUGAUGGGUCCUAGUGCUCGGACUGGCCUCGGUGGUCCAGUUCGUUUAGUUCAGACUCCUCUCCUCAUCAAUCCUGCAGCAGCACAGGCCGCAGCUGCGGUGUCUGCGUCUGGUUCUGGUAGCAACAUGUCUGGCCCUCCAGCAAACGGCAUGUACCGCUCCAUGCCUCAACCCCAACCUCAGCCACAACAGCAGCAAGCGCCCCCGCAGAGCAGCGGCUUGCAGUCAAGUUCUUUCUACGGAUCCGGGUCGGUCCCCAAUACGUCUCAGAGCAGCUCACUUUUCUCCCAUACAUCUGCUCAACCUCCGCCCCAGAGCUCCUCGCUGGGCUUCAGCAGCACCGGCAGCUCGCUCGGUGUGGGUCUGGCCUCUGCCCUCGGAGGGUUCGGCUCGUCAGUAUCGAGCUCUACAAGCAGCAGUGUGUCUCGCAGGGACUCGCUGUUGACGAGUUCUGAUCUUUACAAACGCGGCAGCAGCAGUUUAACUCCCAUCGGCCAGCCCUUUUACAACAGCCUGGGUUACUCCUCGUCACCCAGCCCGAUUGGACUCACCCCCGGGCAUUCGCCUCUCACUCCCCCUCCCUCUCUGCCCUCCUCUCACGGGUCCACCUCCAGCCUUCACCUCGGUGGCUUGACAAAUGGCAGCGGGCGUUACAUCUCUGCAGCACCCGGAGCUGAGGCCAAGUACCGCAGUGCCGGUGGGACGUCCAGCCUAUUUAAUUCCAGCAGCCAGCUCUUUCCCCCGUCUCGGCCCCGCUACAGCCGAUCAGACAUGAUGCCCUCCGGCCGCAGCCGCCUCCUGGAAGAUUUUCGCAACAACCGCUUCCCAAACCUCCAGCUCCGAGACCUCCCCGGACACAUGGUGGAGUUCUCUCAAGAUCAGCACGGAUCAAGAUUCAUCCAGCAGAAGCUGGAGCGAGCCAGUCCCGCUGAGAGACAGAUGGUUUUCGGCGAGAUUCUCCAAGCAGCCUACCAGCUGAUGACUGAUGUGUUUGGGAACUACGUCAUCCAGAAGUUCUUCGAGUUUGGAAGCGCAGACCAGAAGCUGGCUUUGGCGACCCGAAUCCGUGGCCACGUCCUCCCGCUGGCUUUACAGAUGUACGGGUGCAGGGUCAUUCAGAAAGCGUUGGAGUCCAUUUCUUCUGAGCAGCAGGUAAUUAGCGACAUUGUUCGUGAGCUGGACGGCCACGUUUUAAAGUGUGUGAAGGACCAGAAUGGAAACCAUGUGGUGCAGAAGUGCAUUGAGUGUGUCCAGCCUCAAGCGCUACAGUUCAUUAUCGAUGCCUUCCAAGGCCAGGUUUUUGUCCUCUCCACGCACCCUUACGGCUGUCGGGUAAUCCAAAGGAUUCUGGAGCACUGCACCCAGGAGCAGACUUUGCCGAUACUGGAGGAGCUGCAUCAGCACUCUGAGCAGCUGGGUCAGAAAUAUCAAGGCGUAUCAUUGGAGAUGACACCCAAAACAUAUUAUACAGUGUCCCGUGAUGCACUGUUCAAGGAUCAGUACGGCAACUACGUCAUUCAGCAUGUUUUGGAGCACGGCAGACCAGAAGACAAGAGCAAGAUAGUCGCAGAAGUGCGAGGAAAGGUCCUUCUACUCAGCCAACACAAAUUUGCAAGUAACGUCGUGGAGAAGUGCGUGAUCCACUCCUCGCGUGCCGAGAGAGCGCUGCUGAUCGACGAGGUGUGCUGCCAGAAGGACGGCCCCCACAGCGCCCUGUACACGAUGAUGAAGGACCAGUACGCCAACUACGUUGUCCAGAGAAUGAUCGACAUGGCCGAACCGGCUCAGCGUAAAAUCAUCAUGCACAAGAUUCGGCCUCACAUUGCCACCUUGCGCAAGUACACGUAUGGGAAACACAUUCUGGCCAAACUGGAAAAGUACUACAUGAAGAGCGGCUCUGAGCUGGGUCCCAUAGGCGGCCCCGCAAAUGGCCUGAUGUAGUCAACUCUUGACGACAUGAACUACCCCCACCCAAAAAAUAAGAGGCACAGGGUCUCAGCAUAUUAAGAUGUUUGCUUAACCUCUUUUUUUUCCCAGGGCGAUUUUCAGAAAAAAAAAAGACAGAUCAAUUUCACCGUAAAAGGCCGUGACAACUUGAUUUUUGCCACUGUGCCGCCCCCGGUGAGGUCCCAAUUUGGCCCCCCCAGCCCGCCGCGAGCAGCGUAAAUCGGCAAGCCGUUUUUGGGGCGUGAAGCACAAGACCAUUGUUAAUUAUGUAAUUGAUGUAUGUGACUGGUUUUCAUAUUGUACAUUUUUUUUUUUUUUACCUUGUAAAUUGUUUGUAGAAAAAGAAAAAAACACAUUUGUUGAAACUUCUUACAAUUCAUACCAGGAAGUGACCUAUUAAAGCUAAAAAAAAAAAAAUGAAUAACAAAAUUCCAUUUGCUUUUUGAACUGACUUCUCCAAGUCCAGGAAAUUUGAUAUUUAUAGAUAUAACCCCAUGCAGAGUUGAAACAAUAGCCGAACACGCCAAAGCAAACUGCAAAGUACAGGCAAAGGCAAAACGUGUGCGGGGUGCCACCGGUUUUGUCAAAAAGACCCUUUUUGCUCGCUUAAUUUGGGGGACAACUCGGUGGUAUAUAUAUAUAUUUUUUGUAAUGGGGCCUUUUUUUUUUUUUUUUUUUUUAAACCUUGCACCCCCUCCUCAUCACAUCCUCCCUUUUUCACCAUGUUCACCAUCUCGGCCAGCAGCAGCUUGACGUCUUGUUUUUGUUACCCAAAAGGCCCAAAAGAGGCUUUCUGCUUCCAUUAGUUGAUUUUUUUUUUUUUUAAACUGAACAGGUACUAACAAGCGAAGUUGUAAAAAGCUCCAGAAGGGCUCGCUCGGUUUUAAAUGACACUAUCAGCGGAGAUUCAAUGAUGCGGUGAGAGGCAUUUGGGCACAUGCCGUGGAAGGUUAGAAUUCACCCCCGACCCCCCCUGUUAAUUCUUUUUAGUGUCUUUUUAAGUAGGAAAUGAACACUGCUCUGAGCUAACUUUAUGUACUAAAUCAUCUCUGGCUUAAAAAAAAAAAAAAAAAAAAGUAGUUUAGUGUAGCAUCUUUACGUGCGAUUCUUAAUUGCUUUUGCUUUCGGGUCGCCGCGACGGACUAACGCCCCCGCCCCAACCGUCGUAGAAUGAGCGACGUAAAAGUGAGCUUGGUCCCGGCGUUGUACGUGGGAGAGAAUGAAAUACCGGGGACUUGUGGAGGA